UCACAGCUUGCCUCCUGUUUCCUAUAUUGUUCAGGGCUCCAGAUGCCACCCUUAAUGUGACACACGUCUAUUGUACCUGCAGGGCUGGGAUUGGCUACUGAGUGUGGGAACCUCUGCUCAGCCUGAUCCUCACACAUUAUUAUGCAAAGAGAGGAGUAUAAAGAGGGGCUGCAUCUCCCUGGGAUCAGAUAUCACAGGACACUCUCCCAGCUCCCCAGCUCCAUCACAUCCACUUACUAAACAGGAUGGCUCCUUACAGCGCUAGCAGCAUGCUCAAUACUGAACACUGUCACAAGGCACAAGGAAUAAGAAAGUUGAGAAAACCAGUGGUUGAGAAAAUGAGGAGAGAUCGGAUUAACAGCAGCAUCGAGCAGCUCAGGAUGUUACUGGAGAAACAGUUUGAGAAACAUCAUCUCCCAUCCAAACCAGAGAAAGCUGACAUUCUGGAGAUGGCAGUGAGCUUCCUGCAGCAGCAAUUAGUUACCAAAUGUAAACCGUUAUCCAGUCCUGCGUACAAGGAAGGUUACUCAAAAUGUCUCCAGGACUCUCUGCAAUUCCUCUCCCUCCAGAAACACUCAGAGCUUCAAGGAAAAGUGAUGCUGAAUUUCCAUGAGGAUCCUUCUGCUGCACAGAGUUUGAGUCGUACUGGGUCACCUUUUUACCAGACACCUACCAAAGGCACCGCACCACCAGCCAAGCUCCUUUGGAGACCCUGGAACUGAACUGAUGGCUCAGGCUGCCUGCCCAUUAGCUCAUUUACAGCUAUGUAUGGGAAAAAUAAAUAAUUACUGUAAAUUGUUGGAAUCCAAGAAUAUUACAGGAUGAAGUCUAUGCUAGAGGACAGAUAUUGCUGUCAUAGCAUAUGGGCUGUGCCUGCCUGAAGGAAGCAUAUAAUAAUUAUAUUGUUAUAUAAUAAGUGGUGUUUGCAUUGAUAGAAAAGAGUAUAAUUGUUUUAACUGUGUAUAUUAGUACACAAAGCAAAGUUUUAAACUUUUUGUAUAUUACAUUGUGUCUGUAUCCUUAGUAAGGAUUUUGCUUGCUUGGUUAUAAAUGUAUUAUGGCUCACAUAGGGGAGUCAGAAGUACAUGCUGUGUAUUGCCACACAUUGCGGCAUAUUUGGGCCUCUCAGAGUCUGGAUAUUAUAUGUAACACUACAUUGCUAGUGAUUUAUUAUUAUAUUACCAUAAAAGUGCAUCUUUAAGAUUUCCUACAAUGUAUGCAAUAUUUGCAGUAUUUAACAGUAUAAUAACUGUUACAUUUUUUAGUACUAUGCAGUAUUUGCAAUAUUUAAAUGUUAUAUGUUUUCAGCAAUAUGCAAAAUUUGCCGUAUUUAACAGUAUAAUAACUGUUUAACUUGUAAACUGCAAUAUUUGCAGUAUUUGUGUUAUAUUUUUAAUUAAUUUGCAACAUUUGCAGUAUUUAACAGUAUAACUGUUAUAUUUCUUUGUAAUAUGCAAUAUUUGCAGUAUUUAACAGCAUGCAUGUUACAUUUCUUUGUAAUAUGCAAAAUUUGCAGUAUUUAACAGUGUAACUGCCAUAUUUCUCUGUAAAAUGCAAUAUUUGCCGUAUUUAAGAGUAUAAUAACUGUUAAACUUGUAAACUGCGAUAUUUGCAGUAUUUGUGUUAUAUUUUUAAUUAAUUUGCAACAUUUGCAGUAUUUAACAGUAUAACUGUUAUAUUUCUUUGUAAUAUGCAACAUUUGCAGUAUUUAACAGCAUGCAUGUUAUAUUUCUUUGUAAUAUGCAAUAUUUGCUGUAUUUAACAGUGUAACUGCCAUAUUUCUCUGUAAAAUGCAAUAUUUGCAGUAUUUAACAGUACAUUACCUGUUAGAGAUAUUAGUGAUAUGUAAUAUUUGCAAACUACUUGAUGGAUUGUUUCCAUAUAAAGAUCAUACAUGUAUGAAUGAUCUUGCCUGUUAAUAAAAUUAUUUAUCUGAA